AUAGGAAAUGCCCUCUAUAAAAGGGCUUGGAUGCCCAGAGUGUUCUGCAGUUCUUGGAAGGCUACAAUCAGAGUACGCAGAGUGAAAGAAAGCCCAGCAUAAGACAAGUGUGGCUUUACUUGGGGAAAUUAGGAGACCACCAGAUUGUGGAACUCUACUAUUCCAAGUAUUCCAAAAUUAAUAUUGUGAAGAAAAGAAUGGUUUCCAAAAUGUUGACUAUCUUGUCAUUUCUCCCUGGUCUCAUUUUUGCAUUUCUUCUGUUUGAACAAAGUGAUGCUUGGUCUUAUGCCUCUUCAAAAAUACCUAUGACUUAUGACAAGGCAAGAAUAUAUUGUCAGAAAAAAUAUACUGACUUGGUUGCCAUUCAAAACAAGAAGGAAAUUGAGUAUCUGAAUAAUAUACUAGAAUUCUCACCAAGUUACUACUGGAUUGGAAUCAGAAAAAUCAAUGGUGUUUGGACCUGGGUGGGAACCCAGAAGCCACUGACCAAAGAGGCUAUGAACUGGGCUCCUAAUGAACCCAAUAAUAAGCAAAAUAAUGAGGACUGUGUGGAGAUCUAUAUCAAGAGGGAAAAAGCCUCUGGCAUGUGGAACGAUGAGAGAUGCACGAAAGAAAAGCGGGCUUUGUGUUACACAGCCUCCUGUACCACUAACUCCUGCAAUGGCCAUGGAGAGUGUGUGGAGACCAUCAACGACUUCACUUGCCAGUGCUAUCCAGGAUUUACUGGGUUCCGGUGUGAACAUGCUGUGACCUGUGAACCCCACGCUGAUCCUGAGAAUGGUGUCCUGGUUUGCAGUCAUCCAGUGGCAUAUUUCAAUUCUUCUUGCUCUGUCAGUUGUGAUGAAGGCUAUAUCCCAACCAAUCCUAACUCAGUGACGUGUACUUCUUCUGGAAAAUGGAGUGGGCCCAGCCCUAGCUGUAAAGUGAUAGAGUGUGAUGCUCUGACAAGUCCUGUCCAUGGGUUCAUCAAUUGCUCCCCAAACUCUGGAACCUUUCCAUGGAAUACCACCUGCGUGUUUGACUGUGAGUCAGGAUUUGAGCUAACGGGGUCUAAGAGGCUUCAUUGUAGCUCAUCUGGAAAGUGGGACAUGGAGAAACCAGUGUGUCAAGCCAUGAAAUGUAGCAUUGCCAGCCAGCCUGAGAAUGGCUCUGUGAUGUGCAACCAUUCCUCUACUGGAGACUUCACCUACCAAUCAGUCUGUAACUUCAACUGCAAUGAAGGCUUUGAACUGCAAGGAUCAUCCCAGAUUGAGUGUACUGCUCAGGGCCAGUGGACACAUCAGUCCCCAACCUGUGGAGUGAUAGAGUGUGAUGCUCUGACAAGUCCUGUCCAUGGGUUCAUCAAUUGCUCCCCAAACUCUGGAACCUUUCCAUGGAAUACCACCUGCGUGUUUGACUGUGAGUCAGGAUUUGAGCUAACGGGAUCCAAGAGGCUUCAUUGUAGCUCAUCUGGAAAGUGGGACAUGGAGAAACCAGUGUGUCAAGCCGUGAAAUGUAGCAUUGCCAGCCAGCCCGAGAAUGGCUCUGUGACGUGCAACCAUUCCUCUACUGGAGACUUCACCUACCAAUCAGUCUGUAACUUCAACUGCAAUGAAGGCUUUGAACUGCAAGGAUCAUCCCAGAUUGAGUGUACUGCUCAGGGCCAGUGGACACAUCAGUCCCCAACCUGUGAAGUGAUAGAGUGUGAUGCUCUGACAAGUCCUGUCCAUGGGUUCAUCAAUUGCUCCCCAAACUCUGGAACCUUUCCAUGGAAUACCACCUGCGUGUUUGACUGUGAGUCAGGAUUUGAGCUAACGGGAUCCAAGAGGCUUCAUUGUAGCUCAUCUGGAAAGUGGGACAUGGAGAAACCAGUGUGUCAAGCCGUGAAAUGUAGCAUUGCCAGCCAGCCCGAGAAUGGCUCUGUGAUGUGCAACCAUUCCUCUACUGGAGACUUCACCUACCAAUCAGUCUGUAACUUCAACUGCAAUGAAGGCUUUGAGCUGCAAGGAUCAUCCCAGCUUGAGUGCACAGCCCAGGGCCAGUGGACACAUCAGUCCCCAACCUGUGAAGUGGUACAAUGCUCUGCCUUGACAGUCCCUAAGGAAGUCAACAUGACAUGUGAUGGUGAUGGGAAUUAUCUCUAUGGCACCAAAUGUAUGUUUGAAUGCCCUGAGGGUUGGAAACUCAAUGGCUCGGAUUCCUUGAUAUGCAGUGCCAAAGGAAACUGGUCUGGGAUCUUACCUUCUUGUGAAGCUCCUGAGGAGUCUAAGACUUCCCUGGCCAUUGGCCUGGCCACCAGUGGGACCUCCCUCUUAACAACAGCCUCAGUUCUUCUUUGGCUUGCAAAACGUCUUCGAAGAAAAGUAAAGAAAUUUAUUCCAGCUAGUAGCUGCCAAACUCUGAAAUCAGAUCAACCUUCUUAUGAACUAAUUUAAGUCUAGAGGAAUCAGGACCUGGUAUGUCCUAGGAAAGUAGGCUUUUCAGCCACAUGCCUGGCCAUUUGGACACAACUAUUCUCAUGAAGAGAAAAAUCUUCCUUGGAUCCUUGUUCCUUCUGUUCCUUCUAUGUCUAUGGCAUCUACAAGGAACCUCUGCUGACCAAGAAGUCUAGGUGACAAGGGCUAUUCCCAGUCUUUCUACUGGGAAAUUUAGUAUGUGUUAGUAGACUCUUCAAAGAGGAUGUACUGUCUUAUCAAUCAAGCAAUCAAUGAGGCCUUGUUAAGUCCUUAUAAAGGUGAACAGAAAAGGGUUUGGAGCAUUCGAAUUCCAUUCCUAGUCAUCUUCAAAUGGAGACUCAAUAUUGAAGUUCUUUGGUUCUUCCUGACAGUUUAUAACACUCACAGAGCACAGUGUUGGGUGGUAUGAUAUUUACCCCUGAAAAUGUAAGGUGCUAUGCACAUUGAAACAAGUAUUAUAACUUAUGAAAUGUUCAGAAGAUCCUCCGCACUUCCACAGAUAGAGAUUCUGUUGCUAAUUAAAUAAUGAAAAGAAAUUCUGUAAUGCUAAAUGCUUCAAGGAAGACCACAUUGACAAGAGUUCUGAAUGGUGUAAGCCGUACCCAUUCCUACUGACCAAACUGUACUGGGGUGGCAGAUAACUGAUCUCAGGCAUUUGUAUUACUGUAGAAUUCAGUAGAGCAAAAUGUGUUUUUAUAAACACUUUUGAUCAACUAUUUGGAAUGUUUUGUGAUUCACAAAACACUAACACUAUCCUAUAAAAGUGUUUUUGGGUGCUGCAGUGGAUAGAGUUCUAGGUCUAGUGUCAAGAAGAUUCAUUUCUGUGAGUUCAACUUUGGCCUCAGACAUUUACUGACUGUGUGACUCUGGGGCAAGCAUUUAACUCUGUUCUCAUUUCCUCAUGUGUCAAAUAAGCUAGAGAAGGAAAUAACAAACCUUUCCAAUAUUUUUGCCAAGAAAACUCCAAAUGGGGUCAGGAAGAAUUAGACAUGACUGAAAUGACUGAAAAAUAAUAAUAAUAGUGCUUAGAAAACAAAAUUUAAAAUUAGGAACGGUCAAAAGUGCAAAUUACUUACUGAGAGCUUGCAGCAAGGUGGUAGGUGUUAUCACACUUACCUUUCCUGGUGUUAGCUAUAUCUUUGCAGAACUUGCAGAAAUCUAAGACUAUGCCAUCUACAAACUUUUUAUCCCUCGUCUGGAGGGCAGACCUCAAAUGCUCAGGGCAGUAGACCCUAGAUAUGAUGAUGAUGAUGAUGAUGAUGAUGAUGGGAUCUUUUCUGUAACUAACUGCCCUCUUUUUUUUUCCAAUAGGAAGAGUAGAAACAGCUUUUAUUAUAUAAAUGGCAUAUAUGAUUUUGUAUUUAUUUUUUCACAAACUUGUAUGUCUUUUGCUAGUUAUUUCCACAGAGAUGCUAAGUAAUAAUCACUCUUAGCAUUUCCACCUAGGGGAAAAAUAUGGCUCCAGGAUGCUGAAUGUUUGACUUUGAAAAAUAAAUGGAGGUACAUUCUUGGGUUCAAUUAAUGAUAAUCAUGGGUAUGCCAUGUUUUAUGUCAAGAUGUAAGCUACUCUCGAGAGGCAUAUAAACAUGACUUUUGUAAACCAAACUGCAUUUUUUGUACAAUGGGAGCUCAGUGUCUAAAUGUAUUGCAGUGGAUUAUGUAGCAAAGUGAAGCUGCCUGAGUGAAUCAUUCUAAUUUCUCUGUUUUAUAGAUUGAGAGGUUGCUUUUUUAAUAGGGGCAUAUACACAUAUGAAAACUUUUAUUUUUAUGCAGAGAAAUUGCCAGCUCUCCACUGAAAGUAGGCAAACCUGAAUCAGUGACCACCAUCUUGGUCUCUGCAAUGGCUGCCCAAACCCUACAAGAUUUGAGAGAUGAGCUUUUCUGUGCUUUUAUGCUUUCCCCCUAAUGUUGUAUAUACUGAGGCAUAUUGUGCACAUAGGGGUACAUUGUGCUAAAGGGAAGGUGGCAGUUUGCAAGUGGUUGGGCCAAAAGUCAACUUGGCAUGAAGUUAGGAAUAACAGAGCAGAGUAAAAGCACAUCCUACCUAAGGUUCUUCCUGACAAUAUCAUUCUACAAUAACAUCUUAUGAGCAAACCCCACUCUAAAGCUACAAACCUGUCUAUAAUAAUAUAGAAUUUUAAAAAAUUUAAAGUGCUACAUAAAUGCUAGCAAUUAUUAUUUAUAAUGGCAUUUGGCUCAACCAUUGAUUGCAUCAUUCCUAUGGAAUGAAGUAUGUAGUAAUGCUAUUUUUUUCUAACAUGGAGUUUUUGUAGAAUCCGUUGAUGGUAUUAAGUAGAUUAUGCCUAAACUAAUACCAAAAUCUUUUUUUUUUUGCAAAUAGGAGAUGUUAUAGCACUAAUGUUAUGAUAUGAAUGAUUAUAUCUCUCAAAAAUUUUUAAAUAUUAUUUAUAAAUAAGAGAUGGUGAAUGUGUAUGUGUGUGUAAACUAUUUGUAUUGAAGCAUAUAUGAAAUAUUGGGAUUUUAUAUUUUAUGAUAUAACUUUAAAAUAUAGUAUUUUAAAUAUUUAUUUAUAUCUAAUGUAUAACUAUUUUAUUCUACUGUUCAUUCAAAUAAUAAAGAAUU